AUGGACUUCUCGCUGUAUCCAGCAGAAAUGGCUGAAGCAUGGAAAUCCAUGAGAGAAGUCUUUUCGCCAGCAGAGCUUCAGGCCAAAAUUGACCAGUACAAUUCCAAAUUGUCGGUCAGUUCCCAGAAGCUCAACAACGCUGUAAAGGAUUUCUCCACUUUUACCAAAGAAACUGUUGCAGGCGUCGAAGCUCAAUUUGAGCAAUUGUCUCACCCCAAGUUCAGUGACUACUCCAUGAGAAUUAAGAAAACCAAACCAGAGCUGUUGGGUUUGGAUACUGUGAAUCAGUACACAGGUUAUUUGGAUGUGAAUGUCUUGGAUAAGCAUUUCUUUUAUUGGUUCUUUGAAUCGAGAAAUGACCCCAAGAACGAUCCUAUCAUCUUGUGGUUGAACGGUGGCCCUGGUUGUUCUUCUGCUACUGGUUUGUUCUUUGAAUUGGGCCCUUCUUCUAUCAAUGCGACGUUGCAGCCCGUCUUCAACCCAUACUCAUGGAACAAUAACGCUUCUGUCAUCUUUUUGGACCAACCUGUUGGUGUAGGAUAUUCGUAUACUGGUGGAGACCAGGUCACAAACACUGCUAGUGCUGCUAAGGAUGUGUUUGUGUUUUUGGAAUUGUUCUUCCAAAAGUUUCCUCAGUUCAUCCAGAAUAAGUUCCACAUUGCUGGAGAAUCGUAUGCCGGCCAUUAUAUCCCCAGCUUUGCUCUGGAGAUUAUCAACAACGCUGACAGAUCUUUUGAGUUGUCUUCGGUCUUGAUUGGCAAUGGUAUCACUGAUUCGCUUAUCCAGAACGGCUAUUACGGUCCAAUGGCAUGUGGAGAAGGUGGCUACAAGCCCGUUAUCACCCAAGAACAAUGUGAUCAGAUAGAAAAAGACUACCCUAAAUGUGCUGCUUUGACAAAUAUCUGUUACCAUUUCCAGAACGCAUUGACUUGUGUUCCUGCUCAAUACUACUGUGACAUGAAGUUGUUUAAGCCUUACGGAGACACUGGAUUGAAUCCCUACGAUAUCAGAAAGCCAUGUGCAGACCAAGGUGCUAACUGCUAUGUAGAAAUGGACUACUUGGAUGACUACUUGAAUUUGGACUAUGUUAAACAAGCAGUAGGUGCAUCUAACAUUGACAUCUUCACCAGUUGUGACUCGACAGUUUUCCAAAACUUUAUCUUGAACGGUGAUGAAGCAAGGCCAUUCCAACAGUAUGUCGCUGAAUUGCUUGAAAAGGAUAUUCCUGUCUUAUUGUACGCUGGAGACAAGGAUUACAUCUGUAACUGGUUGGGUAACCACGCCUGGUCCGAUGCCUUAGAGUACGAGCACCACGAGCAAUUCGAAGCUGCACCUUUCAAGCCCUGGUACACCUUUGAAGGCAAGUUGGCUGGUGAAGUCAAGAACUACAAGAAGUUCACCUUCUUGAGAGUCUACGACGCUGGUCACAUGGUUCCAUACGAUCAGCCAGAAAACGCAUUGGAUAUGGUUAACAGAUGGGUCCAGGGAGACUUUUCUUUCGGCAGCUAG